AUGGUACAACACGCCAAGUUCAAGAUCUACAGUACAACACGCCAAGUUCAGGAUCUAUGGUACAACACGCCAAGUUCAAGAUCUACAGUACAACACGCCAAGUUCAGGAUCUAUGGUACAACACGCCAAGUUCAAGAUCUACAGUACAACACGCCAAGUUCAGGAUCUAUGGUACAACACGCCAAGUUCAAGAUCUACAGUACAACACGCCAAGUUCAGGAUCUAUGGUACAACACGCCAAGUUCAAGAUCUACAGUACAACACGCCAAGUUCAGGAUCUAUGGUACAACACGCCAAGUUCAAGAUCUACAGUACAACACGCCAAGUUCAGGAUCUAUGGUACAACACGCCAAGUUCAAGAUCUACAGUACAACACGCCAAGUUCAGGAUCUAUGGUACAACACGCCAAGUUCAGGAUCUAUGGUACAACACGCCAAGUUCAGGAUCUACAGUACAACACGCCAAGUUCAAGAUCUACAGUACAACACGCCAAGUUCAGGAUCUACAGUACAACACGCCAAGUUCAGGAUCUACAGUACAACAUGCCAGGUUCAGGAUCUACAGUACAACACGCCAAGUUCAGGAUCUACAGUACAACAUGCCAAGUUCAGGAUCUACAGUACAACACACCUCAGGAUCCACGGUACAAAGUGCCAAGUUCAGGAUCUACUGUACAACAUGCCAAGUUCAGGAUCUAUGGUACAACACGCCAAGUUCAGGAUCUACAACAGUACAACAUGCCAAGUUCAGGAUCUACGGUACAACACGUCAAGUUCAGGAUCUACAGUACAACACGCCUCAGGAUCCACGGUACAAAGUGCCAAGUUCACGAUCUAUAUAACUACACGCCAAGUUCAGGAUCCACGGUACAAAUUGCCAAGUUCAGGAUCUACAGUACAAGGCACCAAGUUCAGGACAGAGUACGAAGGACAGUUUUCCAUUAUGUAA